AUGUCGUCCUACGCCUCGCAGCACCCGCUGACCCGUCGCGGCGGACGCGGCACGCCUGACGAGUCCACGCCGCCGCCAUACAACCCCCCGUCCUCGUCCUCUGGACCGCGCCCAGAGUCGGACGCCGACGCAAAGCUCCGGAACAAAGACGACGGCCCCGUGUCAACAUCAACGAGCUUCUCGAUGCGCCGCCGGGGAGACCGCGCAGGAGGCAAGCUCGGCCUCAGGCGGAGGGAGUGGAUCCUCCUCGGCGCCGUGACGAUUGUUGCCUGCUUCGUCCGUCUCUGGAACCUCGGCUGGCCUACCAGCGUCGUGUAUUUCAUGGACGUCCACCCCCCGCUCGCCAAGCUGCUGGUCACGCUUAGCGCCUUCCUUGGUCGUUUCGACGGCAAGUUCGACUUCAAGGACAUCGGCAAGGACUACCUCGAGCCGAAUGUCCCGUACAUCAUCAUGAGGGCUUUCCCUGCCAUUCUCGGCCUCGCCCUCGUCCCCCUCACCUUCCUUACGCUCAUCUCGCUCCGCCUUUCCCUCGCCUCGGCCAUCCUCGGCGCGCUCCUCGUCACCUUUGAGAACGCGCUCAUCACCCAGUCGAGGCUUAUUCUCCUCGACUCGUACCUCGUCUUCUUCACCGCGCUGACCAUCUUCUUCUGGGUCCGCUUCUCCAACGACGACUCGGAGGGCCGCGCAUUCACCCCCUCAUGGUGGCGCAACCUCGCCCUCACUGGUGGUGCCCUCGGAGCCGUUGCCUCGUGCAAGUGGGUCGGCCUGUUCACCAUCGCCACCGUCGGUCUGGGUACACUCCGCCAGCUCUGGCUUCUGCUCGGCAACCUCAAGGUCACCCCGCGCAUGUGGAUCAAGCACUUUGCUGCGCGCGCCAUGUGCCUCAUCGUCAUCCCCGUGUUCAUCUACAUGUUCACCUUCUGGAUCCACUUCUGGAUCCUCGACCAGAGCGGUGACGGUGACGGAUUCAUGAGCUCUGAGUUCCAGCACACCCUUGACGGCCACCACAUGAUGGACACGUACGCCGACGUCGGCAUGGGCUCGCUCGUCACCAUUCGCCACGUCAACACGCAGGGCGGUUACCUUCACUCGCAUAACAGCGCAUACCCCGGGGGCUCAAAGCAGCAGCAGAUCACGCUCUACCCCCACAAGGACGAGAACAACGUUUGGCGCCUCGUCAACGCUUCCGCGCCCGACGGAGCCAUCUCGUACCCCUGGGAUGACCUUCCGUUCGAGUCGAUCAUCACCGGCACAAAGCUCCGCCUCGAGCACGUCCAGACCGAGAAGCGCCUGCAUUCGCACGACGUCCGCCCGCCCGUCUCCGAGGUCGACUUCCAGAACGAGGUUUCCGGCUAUGGCUUCCCUGGCUUUGCCGGUGACGCCAACGACGACUUUGUCCUCGAGAUUGUCCCCGAGACUCGUGGCAAGGACAAGCUCGCGAAGCACCAGCUGCGCACCCUCCGCUCCGUUUUCCGUCUCCGCCACGCCAUGACCGGCUGCUACCUGUUCUCGCACAAGGUGAAGCUUCCCGACUGGGGUUUCGAGCAGCAGGAGGUCACCUGCAACAAGAACCCGACCUGGGACAACUCGCUCUGGUACGUCGAGACCUCGACGCACAAGCAGCUGCCCGAGGACGCCGAACGUGUCAAUUACGAGAAGCCCGGCUUCGUCAAGAAGUUCUGGGAGCUGCAGGGUGUCAUGUGGCGCACGAACGCUGGUCUCACUGAACGCCACGCCUACGACUCGCGCCCGCAGCACUGGCCUUGGCUCCGCCGCGGUAUCAACUUCUGGGUCAAGGACCACCGCCAGGUUUAUCUCAUGGGCAACCCUGUCAUCUGGUGGUCAUCGUCGCUCGCUGUCCUCACCUACGUCGCCGUCCGCGGUCUCCUGAUCCUCCGCGCGCAGCGUGGAUACCGUGACCUGUACCUCCCCAAGAUCGCGUACUAUGAUGAGGUGUGCGCCUUCCUGCUCAUGGGCUGGGCACUGCACUACGCGCCGUUCUUCCUGAUGCAGCGUCAGCUGUUCCUGCACCACUACCUCCCGGCCCUGUGGUUCGCGAUCCUGCUCUUCUGCACAGUGUUCGACUACGCCACCUCGCGCAUCCGCCCGCGCGCUCGUCUCCAGAUAGCCGUGGCAAUCAUCAUCGUCGCGAUCUGGUCGUACAACUACUUCUCGCCGCUCGCUUAUGCCAACCCCUGGACUCGCCCCAAGUGCGAGCAGGCCAAGUGGCUCAAGUCAUGGGACUUCUCGUGCGCCGACUUCCACGGCAGCAUGCACGAGUACUAUGCGCAGAGCGCCGUCGUCGAGCCCGAGAAGCACGUGUACGUGAACGCCGAGGCAGCGACGACGACGCUCGUCGAGGAGGUGCCUGAGCCGAUCGCGAACGUGUUCGACAAGGGCGACGACGCCGCGCAGGAGGAGAAGACGCAGGGCCUCGCGGGCCCGCAGAAGGAGCAGCCGCCGAUGCAGGACACGACCGGCGGCAACCUGGUCGGCAAGGUUGCGGCGGAUGACGCGGAGAUUCCAGCUGACGACCGUGCGCCCGUCGGUGUCGACGCUGGCGCCGUCGGCGUCACGGCGGCGGAGCAGCUGGACGGAUGGCGCGGCGGCGCCAACGAGGACAACGCCGACCACACCGUCGUGGCCGAGAGCCAGGCCGUCCCCGCCGAGCCAGUCAAGGUUGAGCAGGCGGCGCCUGUCGCGAUGGAGCUCGAUGACGAGGCGGAGCAGCUCGCCCACGAGGCAGAGGAGGCGGCCGAGAACGCCGUUCCCGCGGCGGGCAAGCUCCCGCCGGGCGUCGAGGAGAUUGACGUCCAGCUCGACUAA